AUGACUCAAAGAAAAUAUGCCUUAGAAUUGCUUGAAGAAACAGACUUUCUAAGCUGCAAACCAGUCAAAACUCCUAUGGUUACAUCUAUAAAAUUCAGCAAGGACAUUGGCAAUAAGCUUGAGGAUGCCAGCCAAUUCAAAAAGCUUGUGGGAAAACUUCUAUAUUUAACAAUCACAAGACCGGAUAUUAGCUAUGAAAUCCAACAACUCUCUCAGUUUCUAAACUGCCCUACUUGCAUACACAUGCAAGCAGCACACAUGGUGUUAAGGUAUGUCAAAGCAUCCCCAGGCCAAGGUCUCUUCUUCUCAGCAACCUCCUCAUUGCUGCUCAAAGGCUUUGCUAACUUUGGCUGGGAUGCAUGUCCAGACAUUAGGCAUUCUGUUACAGGGUUCUGCAUGUUCCUUGGUACCUCAUUGGUCUCCUGGAAAUCCAAGAAACAAGUUACCAUCUCUAGAAGCUCCUCCGAGGCGGAAUAUAGGGCUUUGGCCACAGCAGCAUGUGAGAUACAGUGGCUCUUCUAUCUACUACAAGACCCGGGUAUAACCGGGAGCCCUCCGGCAAUGUUAUAUUGUGAUAGAAAAUCAACCAUUGCUAUAGCUGAGAAUCCGGUCUUCCACAAAAGAACGAAGCACAUCGAAAUCGACUGCCACCUUGUGAGGGAAAAACUGAAAAAGGGAGUCCUGAAACUUCUUCAUGUCUCUACCAUUAAUCAACUGGAAGAUGUGUUUACAAAACCUCACUCUCCUAACUCCUUCUAUGAGUUAAUCUCCAAGCUUGAUCUUCAUUGCAUGUAUACUCCAGCUUGCGGGGGGUGUCAACGGAUACACAGGCGAAGAUAG